AUGAGUUUACGACGUGCAAUUAGCAAACAGUUUGGCCAAUUAAAUCGAAUAGCAAAAUCCAUUCGUUGGAUAGAAGCUUCACUGAAUGGCAAACCACUCGCAGGCAUUCAAGUGGUGUCCCAUAUAGAUACUCAUGCACUCAUACAACAGCAAUUACGAGAAGAUGGCACUAAACAGGCAUUCGAUCAUGAUCGGUGGCAGCGUAAUUUGGAUAAGCAAUAUGGAAGCACACUUGCGCCUCACUAUGAGCUUGAAAGCAUGGUAUACAGUCCUCCCAGCCCACAUGAAAUCACCCUAGAGCUCCUGCUAGCUUCCCAGGCUCAUAUGGGCCACAAGACCUCCCACUGGAAUCCUGCGAAUUCACGCUACAUCUUUGGCAUACGGCAAGGCAUACACAUAAUUUCUUUAGACGCGAUAGCAGCACAUUUACGAAGGGCUUGUCGAGUCGUUCGAGAAGUAGCCAAACAAGGCGGACUGAUUUUGUUCGUUGGCACAAGAGCUGGGCAAGAUGGCGCGGUUGUCAAAGCAGCUCAAAUGGCAAAGGGCUGUCAUGUCUUUGAUCGAUGGACCCCAGGCGCGAUCACGAAUGGAAACCAGAUCUUGGCUGCAGGCGAUAAGAAGCUCGUUGAUCAAUUUGAUCGAGCGGUGACAGGGAUAGAAAUCGAUUUGAGCGAGCAGCCGGCGUUAAAACCAGAUCUUGUGGUGUGUCUCAAUCCAGUCGAGAAUUGGGUACUACUGCAUGAGUGCGCAUUGAACAAUAUACCUACAAUUGGCGUCAUUGAUACAAAUGCUAAUCCCACAUGGGUUACUUAUCCGAUUCCGGCAAAUGACGACAGCGUUAGGUGUGUGCAGGUGAUUGCAGGGGUUCUUGGUCGGGCGGGAGAAGAGGGACAGAAGAUGAGGAUGGCGGAUGCAAUGAGGGGCGAACUCAAUUACAAACCUUUUGAUAUGGAGGGUGUGGAAGGUAUGAAUGAUGAUGACGAUACUGAGGAGGUUGGCGACGAGGAAGAAGAAUUAUUCAAAUGGUUAGAAGCAGAGAACGCGGGAGAAGGUAUACAAGUUGCUCAGGCUGGAAGCUUUGUUGGCAUUUCGGAUACCUCGGGAGUAGACUCACCAGGAUCGAAUGAGCCAGUGGUGGAUGUAUAA